CCGUGUUCGUCGACCAGCAUGGCCGUGACGUCACUGGAAGCCUCCAAAAAAGACAAGUACUGUCUGGUGUGUGGCGACAAGGCGCUGGGCUAUAACUUCAACGCUGUCUCUUGUGAGUCGUGCAAGGCCUUCUUUAGGAGGAACGCCCAUAAGGUUAUACGAGGGAGAUGCGAAGGCAAAUGUGACGUCACUGUGGAGUCCCGAUCCUUCUGCAAGCGAUGUCGUCUGGCCAAGUGCUUCACCGUGGGCAUGCGCAAAGACAUGAUACUCAACGACGAACAAAAGAAGCAGAGAAAACAGAAGAUCAUCAUCAACAAGCUCCGGCGACAGGGCCAGCUGCCCCCUCAGGACACCUACUCCGCCUCGGCCAAGGACCUCCUCCCGCCUGCCCGCACUAUUAUCUCCAAAGACCGCGACCAGCUGUACUCUCCCUCCUACCACCACCACCUCCAGCGACACCGCCACCAACACGACCGACAUCCCACAGAGAACCCCACAGAGGUCACCAUCAAAAAAGAGGUCAUCGAACAUGUGCAGAGCCCCGGCUCCACGUCCUGCUCCUCCUCCACCUCUGUGUCGGGGGCGACGUAUCCGCCUUAUUCUGCCGGCAACCACGCCGGCUCCGUCACCGUCACGACGCCGUCACCGUCACGAGGAGGAGGUGGAGGAGGCGGUGGUGGGAUGCGCGAGGGUCCCACCCCGUACGCGCCCUACGCGGAGAGCCAGACUGAGGUGCGAGCGGCGAUUGGCGGGAUGGCGGUGGAGGACCAGUUCCUCAUUUACGAACUCAUGGGCGCUAUGGAGUCGGGUCAGUUCCUGGCUAUGACGUCAUCCUCUAUGCGGAUGCUGCCGUCCAGCCCGGAGGAGUUCGUCAACCUGGCAGAGGCUUUCACGCGGAAGGUCAUCAAAAUGGCCAAGCACGUGACCUUUUUCAAGAAGCUGCACAAAAACGAUCAGAUAUCGCUGCUCAAGGGCUCGGUGGUAGACAUUAUGAUGCUGAGGUCGGCCGUGAACUAUGACCCUUUCACCGAGUCGUGGAGUCUGAGCACCAAGAGCUGCCUAAGCGAGGGCUCGUCCAACGCCGGCGGAGAGAGGAUUAGCGCCGAGCUGCUCAAGACGAGCUCCGCGGAGACCAAGCAGCUGUUUAUGACGUACAGCAAGUUCAUCAAGUCUCUAAUGUUCACGCUGCACGGAGACCUGCUGGCGCUCAAGUUACUUAUUAUCAUCUGACCGCCUUCCCAUGGUACAUCACGACCACGUACAGAGCAUCCAGGAGACGUACGCCCGCAUCCUAGAGGACUACCUGUGCCACCGCUUUAACGGCGAGUCCACGCUCUUCGCCCGCGUCAUCUCCAAGCUCACCGACCUACGCAACAUCAACGAAGUGCACUCGAGAAUGCUGCUCACCAUGAAAAUGGACGAGUUCGAGCCGCUGCUCUUGGAGAUCUUCGACCUCCCGGCAGACGCCCAGUCGCCGUCCUCCGGCUUCGCGCCCAGCUCCACAACCUCCUCGUCCUCCACGCCGUCGCCAGGGGGCGCCACGGGAUGAUGAUAUUACUUAAGCCCCUUGUCGUACACUGGGUUAGCCCUUAGAGAGGCUUGAUCGAAAGCCGGCCUCAUAAUUGGUCUAAAGCCCCAUUUACACGCACAGUUCGUUUGAUUGACACACUGUAGGAUAUCGAAAGAAUGGCGGGGAUCCUGUCAACUUCCCUUUAAAACUUAGCGUGGAAACGAGCAAUCCUCUCGAUAUCGAAGGUUUCUCAGUCCUACAACCAGAUAUCUGGCGAAGCUAGAUAUUUUCCUGCAGGUGAACUGAAGGCAUGACGAUGAGGGAGCGGCUCCUUUGAUGUUGCCCAAGGCAGAGUUGAAAAUACGUUCCAAAAAUUUCCUAAAUAUUGGUCAAAUUAAAAAAAAAA